UUUCAGAUAUACGGGACGGGUUUAGAUCCUGGGACAUUAUUGUUUAUAGGAAUAGAGACUGAUACGGUAUCCUCCCAGACUCAUCAAGUAUACCAUUCCUUUUACGAAGAGAUGAGUAUAGAUAAUAAGAUCCCCCAUAAUGCUAAAAACCUGUUCAUUGAUCUAGCUGAAAGUAUUGCCGGUAGUCUUAAUGUUACCAACUGCUAUGUGUGUGGAGGUACUAACAUGGGAGACCAAUGGCCUUGGGAAGCAAAGGAGGUAAUGUCCGGUUCUGAGGCAGUUGACCAAUUAAUAUCUUCACAAGCCGAUUAUCAGAUGAGUGUUAGAGGUAAAUCUGAGUGGAGAUUAAAGACCUCCAUCAUAGGUUAUGUUUGCAUAGCAAGGAAAGGAAUGAUGUAUAAUACUUCUGUAGGAGAAUUAACUUGUCUAGGGCAAAAAGCUUAUGAUGAUGAUACAAAGAAUACAACUUGGUGGUCGGCUUCAAAUGUCUCAGAACCAUCUAACCCGUUUGCUAGAUAUGCCAGUUUAAAGGAUGUGUGGUUUGAUUUAUCCAUCACAUCUACCUGGAGAGCCCCAGCAAAUUUGUACUGGAUCUGUGGUAAGAAAGCCUAUUCGGAGUUGCCACAGGACUGGGAAGGGGCAUGUGUGUUGGGUAUGCUCAAACCAUCCUUCUUCUUGUUACCGAUUGAAACAGGUGAGACUUUAGGUGUUAAAGUGUAUGAUGUGAAUCAUAGGAAGAAAAGGGGACCCUUAGAGAUAGGCACCUGGGAAGAUAAUGAAUGGCCUCCCCAGCGUAUCAUAGAUUACUAUGGGCCAGCCACGUGGGCUGAGGAUGGUACCUUUGGUUAUAGAACCCCUAUUUAUAUGCUCAACCGUAUUAUAAGAUUACAGGCGGUGGUUGAGAUUAUCACAAAUGAGACAUCACAAGCGCUCAAUCUUCUAGCGAAGCAUAAUACCAGGAUGAGGACAGCAGUGUACCAAAAUAGAUUAGCCUUGGAUUACCUUUUGGCAGUAGAGGGAGGUGUAUGUGGGAAGUUUAACCUGAGCAAUUGCUGUCUUCAAAUAGAUGACGAAGGGCAAGCAAUAGCUGAGCUUACUAGCCAUAUGGUUAAACUAGUGCAUGUGCCUACUCAGGUAUGGAAAGGGUACAAUCCAAGUAGUUGGUUUGGUAGCUGGUAUGAGUGGUUUGGAGGGCUUAAGGCAGUGGUAGGUGGAGUCCUACUGAUUUUACUGUUGUGUCUACUCCUACCGUGUCUUAUACCCUUAGUAGUUAGGUCUGUGCAAAGCCUGAUAGGAACUAUAGCAGAGAGGAAGGCUGCUGCACAG